AUGACUCUGAAUGACAGAAACAUCCUGGAGCCAUCAACUUGCAGGCAUGAAAUACGGUGCGAUGGAACAACAAUUGAAACCGUAGUUACUAACGAAGAAAACAUCGUUGAACAGUGGGUUUCAUCAGUAUAUGUUGGAAAACAACGAGUUGUUGGUCUCGACACAGAAUGGAUGAAUGUUCAGAAGGCUUCCACGAAGAAGGCUACGAUGAAAGUCGCAAUUUUGCAACUUUGCGUUGAAGAUAAGUGUUUGAUCGUUCAACUGUUCUGCAUGAACAAUAUGCCUUCUUCUCUGCAGAGUUUUUUGAUGGACUCUUCGUUUGAAUUUGUUGGGGUUGGAGUGAUGAAUGACAUUGAUAUGCUUAAGAAGAACUAUGGGUUGGAUUGCAAUACAGGCACAGAUUUGGUUAAAUUUGCUAAGAAAAAAUGGCCUGAAAAGAUCACUUCUGGGUCAUUGAAAUAUCUGGCGAAGGAGUUGGUGGGUCUUGAAAUGGAGAAGUCAAAAGCUGUUGUUACAAGUGAUUGGAAAGCAAAAGAGUUGAAUGAAGCACAGGUUCAAUAUGCAUGCAUUGAUGCUUAUGCUUCUUUCAAGAUUGGUAAAAUGGUGUUAUCAGAUGAACAUUCAUGA